UUUCUGUUGGGUUUUCUAGAGCACUUUCUCUAGCCUCUGCAGGGCUUUUGUACAGCUUUUGCUGGCUUUUACCGAUGGAGCACCCAAUCUGAUGCCCCAGGCCCUUCUUUCUCAGGGCCUCGAUUGUGGUGUAGCUGUAGGAUUUUGGCUCUUAACCAGGAGUCUCCACUUGCGUGGAGAGCUGUCGCGCAAUUGCCACUCAUCAGUGAAAGUGUCUGAAGUUUCAGAAAGGUCUUCGCUGCAGUGGUGGCGUCCAGAACAGUUUUUGCAAUGACGCCUUUGCUGAGUACCCCUGCUGCAGGAAGAUGCCUGCGGACAAUUGGAACACUUCUUCACAACCAGCAAAGUGCUCUAAUGCCACAGCUGUGGACCGCGUCAAGGGCGCUGAGCACCGGAACUGGUCAAGACCAGUACGAUGUUGUGGUGGUCGGGGGCGGGAUGGUCGGAGCGGCACUCGCAUGCGCGCUUGGAUCAUCGCCCAUGACUUCAGCCCUGCGAGUUGCGGUGGUCGACGGCCAGGCUAUAGAUCCAGCCGCCCCCCUCCCAGAUGCAUCUGAAGCGCCAGAGAUCCGAGUCAGCGCUGUCACGCCCUCCAGCGUGAAUUUGUUCAGAGAUGUUGGGGCAUGGAGCACGGUACAGUCAGCUAGGAACGCUCCGUUUGACACCAUGCAGGUGUGGGACAGCGCCGGCCAGGGCUUUGUGCGCUACAGCGCACACGACGUAGACGCAUCUGUUCUGGGCCACGUGGUUGAGAACCGGGUCCUUCUAGCCGCGCUCCACCGCCGGCUUAGCGAGAGUGAAAAUACGCACCUGGUGUGCCCGGCCAAAGUGGACUCGAUUACGUGGCCCGAGAGUGAGGUGUCGGAGUCGGAUGCGGACGUCCGACGAGAGAGUAACGGACAGGCGGAGGCGUCAGGACAGGGGGCGGGAGCUAGCGUGCAUCUGAGCACUGGGAAAACAUUGGGGGCGCGACUAGUGGUGGGUGCGGACGGCGGCCGAUCGAGGGUGCGCUCUCUCGCCGGGUUACGAACGGUCGGAUGGCAGUACGGUCAGCGAGGCCUUGUGGCAACGGUAGUGACAGACAGGGAACAUAGCACCGCCUGGCAACGCUUCCUGCCAACAGGGCCCUUAGCACUGCUUCCGAUGGGCGGCCACUACAGCAACAUCGUAUGGUCGACGACCGAGUCCCACGCCCGCGCUCUAGAAUCGAUGCCGCACUCCGACUUCGCCGCUGCCGUCAACAGGGCCCUUUCUGAAGAGCACGCCCCCCAGCCCCCUUCCUCCGUUUCCAGCUUCCUGCCCGCUCUCCCCUUUCUGGGGGGGUCCUCUGCCGGGGGUUUCCAACCCCCCCCGCGAGUGGUGGAAGCCGUGGGGCGGAGGGCCUCGUUUCCGCUGUCGUUGGUGCACUCCGGGAAGUACGUGCAGCCGAGGCUGGCGCUCAUUGGGGACGCCGCUCACUCGGUCCACCCGCUCGCCGGUCAGGGCGUCAACCUCGGGUUUGGCGACGCACAGGCGCUGGCCGCCGUCAUCGCCAAGGGGGUGUCUACGGGGAGGGACAUCGGCGAGCUGGGUCUCCUGGAAGAGUAUGAAGCAGAGCGGCGGGCGGCCAACUUGGGCAUGAUGGCCGCGCUCGACGGGCUUCAACGCCUUUUCCACGCCCAAUCUGCGCCCGUCGCUCUCGCGCGCAACCUCGGAUUGGACCUCGUGCAGUGGUUGACACCUGUCAAGAAACGGAUCAUGUCGUAUGCGAUGGGAAUGGAGCCCGUGCGCUGAAGCAUCUGCUUCUUGGCAAGCUGCUCGGACCUCGACAAUUAAACGAAUAGACGUGUCGGAAACUCUACUGUAGCAUGAUUGAGUUUUUGAAGGGGCUUUGAACUGCAUCGCCGAGACACCCGGGAGACACAGCGUGUGGCUCAUGCAGUUAAAAAGAGGUGUUCGGCAAAAGCUCGAAGAGAGAUCAGGCGGAUGCGGAUCAUUUAGUCAUAUUCCAAGCUGCAUACUCGAUCGUUCAAUCACAUUCAUUGGACUGCUCUCAUGGAAAGUCAACGAGUUGAUGCUGCGAUGUCUUGACGCAGUCUCUGGGUGGCCCGUCUCUGAAACAUACAUUGUAAAGAUGACACGACUCUGCCGACGGUCGGCGCUGGCAUGCCAUCUUCAAUUAUUA